UUAGCAAAAAAAGCCUAGACGACUUUUUGCAAACAUGCGCCAAGGAAUUAUAUUUGUAAGUUCAUACUAAAAAACCCUGGAGCGCAAACGCGCGUCGGUUCCUCCUUUCCUUUCUCACAAGCCAAAAGGGCUGAGUUGAUCAAAGGGCGAGGGCGAGGGCGAGGGAUCUAACGGUUGUCGGCCAUCGUUUGUUUUGAUGGUCCGCCCCAAUUUGCAAAAAAAAAACCUGCUUCCCUUUUUUUUCGUUGGAUCCGCGCAGUGUAGCAACUGUAGUUGUCUCGUGGUGCUGGGCUGGGAUAACUCUUUAGUCCCGAAUUUGCUGAACCCAAAAGUGCGUCAUGCUACGUCAAGAAACAAAGCGAGGCUGAUUGGGGUGGAUGUCCUGAAUGCCCUGGAUGCCCUGGAUGCCCUGGAUGCCCUGGAUGCCCUGGAUGACGAGCACGAUGGGGCUGUCUGGACGUUGUCUUCUCAGACCCCGAAAGAGCCAGAGCCAGAGCCAAGGGCCAAGAAAACAGAGAUGUGGUCAUUUUUUCUUGUCGCUUUUGCCACCGUUGCGGAGACCGCAGCGGUCGUCAGUCAGUGUGGGUACGUGUCGUCCGAUGCGGGAGUCAUGGCUCCCCUCUGCAGACUGCGGGCUGUCACGUCUCCGGUCUGUUUUGGGCAUUUUUCAUUGCAUUGGUUUUCUGCGUCUUUUUUUUUUUUUUUUUGCCGGUGCCUGAAUGUGUGCCUUUCUAGUUCUGACUGUCGACUCCUUCUCUUUUCGACUCUUUCUUUUUCUUCUUCUUUCCUUUCCUCACCAUUAAAGCAUUUAAAUCCUUUGCACUGCCCCAUUCGUUCCCAUCACACGGUCGACAUUCGGUUUAAAUCUUUAAUCUUCACACUAUCCCCCCAACCUCAUCACCAUCUUUUCCUUCUCAUCGUUCCUUCCCCACUUGAACUUUUUUCACCGGCCCCUCCAAAGUUGUUUUCCUAGUAAAACUUCUUUUUUUUUUUCAUCCCUUCAGUUUCUUUAAUCUUCUUUUUUCUUGUUCAAUAUGUCCAUUCGCGUCCUCAUUGUCAAGAGUGCAGAGAGAAUCUAAAAAAAAAAAAAAAAAGUGACACUUUUUUGUUUAAAAAAAAACCUUUCCCCAAACCCCAGAUUCUUUUUUGAAUUCAUCACUCUCUUGACACUUGAUCCUCGAUCGACAUAUUCCUCUUUUUUCUUACUUUAUCUUUUAUUACUAUUCUUAUUAUUCCGCUUAUCCAAUUGUGUCCUCUUAAUUGCCGUACACAUUUAAAAAAAAAAAAAACGAUAAAGGUAA